AUGGCUUCACAAUCCGAAAUACUGCUUCCUCGAGACCUCUCCAGUCUUCCUUUCAUUAACGCAGGCGUAACGAGUGUGGUCCGCGCCCUUGACGAGCAUUCUGUCAUAAAAUUAACUGGUGACGAAGAUAGUCUUCGCGCACUUGAAGUUGAACGCAGAAUUCUUGAACGACUAGGUGAACAUCCUCGCAUCGUCAGACUAUUAUAUGUUCACGAGAAAAAGCUUGUCCUCGAGCGUCUUCUAUAUCCUCUUCUUGUGCGACUUUUAGAGCUUCGAGAUGAAGAAGCCGCCCCGUCCACGGAGGAGAUUUUGAAAUGGUCCGCCCAAGCCGCCGAGGGUAUGGAAUACUUCCACGGAAAGAAUGUACUUCAAAUUGAUAUUGGUUCCCACAAUUUACUUCUUGACUGGGAUGAGAACAUCAAGUAUUGUGAUUUCUCGGGGAGCUGCAUCGACGGUGGCUGGACCUAUGCUGCUCCUAGUACACGAGCACAGCAUCCUUCUAUCUCGCCCAAGUCACCUUCAGUACAGUCGGAAAUCUUUGCACUCGGCUCUGUUUUGUACGAAAUCUCAACAGCUCGAAAGGUAUACGAGGACUUGGAGGAAUGGGAAAUCGAACGCCAUUUUACUCAAGGCGAGUAUCCCGAGACGCAACACCUGUUACUCGGUCAUGUCAUUACUAAGUGUUGGUCUGGAGGAUAUAAUAAUGCUGGUCAGGUCGCUGCGGAGAUUCGGGCAAUUCAACGACGAUUCAAGUAUGGUGAUCUCAAUCUACCACUUGGGCACUAUAUGCGGAAACAGAAGGAGAGCCGCCGGCUUCGUCGAGUCCACUAA